AUGAGUUUUGAGUUAUGCGUAAACUGGCCAGGAGACUUGAAUAAGGCAAAAGAACUGAUACAUAAAGCUUAUAGUUUGGGAUACCUUGGUAUAGCAUUUAAUAAUAAUCUGAAUUUGGUAGAAAAAUGCAACAAAUUGAGAAGUAAUUCCAAGAAGAAUUCGAUUACUGGUAAUAUUCUCAGUAUUCUAGCCAAAGAAGGACACGUUUGCCCCAUCCAAUAUAUUCAAUUAGAAAAAGAAGAGCUAUGUAGGCUACGAAAAACAAGUAGUAUCAUCAAGUCAAAUAGUGGGCCACUGGUUCCUAAAAAUGCAUAUUUACCUCUGAGCCUUUCUUGCCAUAAUAUAGAAAUUAAUAACCGAUUUGGAAAAGAAGAAGAUACUUCCCUUGAAUUUAUCCAACUAAGAAGAUUAAGUAUAGUAUUUGAUGAUCCUGAUUGUGUUCCUUACAUAAAUGCUUUGUCCAGAGGUCCUUGUAAUGAAUCUUCGGAUAGUUGGAGCAAAGCUAUAUUUUCAUCAAUGCCAAAUCAACCUUACGAUUUGGUGUCUGUAAGGCCAACAACACAAAAUGCAUUAAAUUCUGCUAUCUCAUCUGUAGAAUGUGAUAUUAUUUCUAUUGACAUCUCAUCUGCCCCAAGGCUUCCGUUUAUAAUAAAGCGUUCCCAAAUUAACCUUGCAAUUUCAAGAGGGAUUUUUUUUGAGCUUGAUAUCUCACAAUGUCUACUAAAUAAAGGUAACUCAAGACGUAAUUUCUUCUCUAAUCUUCUUACACUUACUAGACAUGUUCCUCACAAAAAUAUUGUGAUUACCUGUAAUCCAUCAUUUCCAUUGGAUAUUAAAACUCCGAUUGACCUAUCCAACAUUUGUUAUGUCCUUCUAUCUCUAGAUUUUGACAGAAAGGUCAAAAUAAACUCUUUUGAUUUCAUUAAUAAUAAUACUAUUAAAGCCCUUGCAAAAGGGACAAAUAGGCGUUCCUUUGCCUCAGUUAUUUUAAUCAACAAAAAAGAAGAAAAUUCUGAUCAAGAAAUGAGAAUUUCAUGA